GAGGAGGGGACCGGAACCGGGCCCGUGGUAACCAGACGCUCAGAUGUGUGCGAGUGGGGCCUCGGGCGUGGUCCGUGGGCGUGACCCUGAGGGUGACAAUCGAGUGUGACCUGGAGCGAGCUCCGCGAGGGGGAAUUUUGUUUGUUUUGACCCCGGGGAGGCUGCAUCGCACUGGAGCGGGGCCUCACACAGUGGGCGCUGAGUGUGUGUGUGUGAGUGUGUGUGAGUGUGUGUGUGUGUGUGGGCGCGCGUCCGGACCGAAUGGAGGCGGCCCCCGUGCCCAAGCUGCUGCCUUCGGGUGCGUGCUGCUGUGGGAUGUGGCGGCCGAUUGUGUGUGAAAAGUGGACGGAGUCGUGUUGCUGCCUGGCUCGUGUUUCCCCUGCAUGGCUCUAUUUUUAGAUUAUAUGAUUCUUGCCUGUUCCAAAAGAAGAGCUCAAAAGAGAAGGUUCAUCUCUUGUAAAUCUCAAAGCCAUGCCUCAGGGAUCAGUGUCGUUCAAGGAUGUGACUGUGGACUUCUCCCAGGAGGAGUGGCAGCAACUGGACCCUGCUCAGAAGACCCUCUACAGGGAUGUCAUGUUGGAAAACUAUUGCCACCUCAUCUCUGUGGGGAUCAGAGGUGGUGAAUCCCUUUCUGGUAAUGGAAAGUAUGGUUCUGUCCUUACUUGCCUUAGUGCAGGUAUUAACUUUGGGUUUCACAUGAGUAAGCCCGAUAUGAUCCGCAAGUUGGAACAAGGAGAAGAACUAUGGACAACAGAGAGAAUUUUUCCAAGUCAGAGCCACCUAGAAGAAGAUGGGAAAGCUGAAGAUGUUUUAGUGAAGUUCAGAGAAUACCAAGACAGGCAUUCUAGAUCAGUUUUCAUCAACCACAAAAGACUAAUAAAGGAAAGAAGUAAUAUUUUGGGGAAAACACUUACUGUAGGCAAGAACCAUAUUAUUUCCAAAACAACACUACGUGAAUACAAACCUGAUGGAAAGGUUUUGAAAAAUAUUUCAGAAUUAGUCUAUAGAAAUAUAAGCCCUGUAAGAGAGAAGUUUGGUGACAGUAAUGGAUGGGAGAAGUCACUCCUCAAUGCUAAGCAUGAGAAAAUUCAUACUGCAGUGAAUAUCUAUAAACAAACAGAAAGAAGUCUGAGUAGUAAACAAGAGCUUAUUCAGCAUCAGAAGCUUCAAACUCCAGAGCAAUCAUUUGAACAUAAUGACUAUGAAAAAUCCUUCUUUAUGAAAGGAAUGUUAUUUACACAUACUAGAGCUCACAGAGGAGAAAAACCCUUCGAAUACAAUAAAGAUGGAAUAGCCUUCAUUGAAAAGUCAAACCUCAGUGUCCAUCCACAAAAUCUUAUGGAGAAGAAGCCCCAUGCAUAUAGCAAAUAUGGGAAAUUCCUCUGCAGGAAGUCAAUUUUUAUUAUGCAUCAGAAAUCUCAAACAGAAGAGAAACCAUUUCAGUGUCCUUACUGUGGGAAUAGCUUUAGAAGGAAGUCAUAUCUCAUUGAACAUCAGCGAAUUCACACAGGUGAAAAACCUUAUGUUUGCAAUCAAUGUGGAAAAGCCUUCCGUCAAAAGACAGCCCUCACUCUUCAUGAGAAAACACAUAUAGAAGGGAAACCCUACAUUUGUAUGGAUUGUGGGAAGUCCUUCCGCCAGAAGGCAACCCUUACUAGACAUCACAAAACACAUACAGGGGAGAAAGCCUAUGAAUGUACUCAGUGUGGAAGUGCUUUUAGAAAGAAGUCAUACCUCAUUGAUCAUCAGAGAACUCACACAGGAGAGAAACCAUAUCAAUGUAAUGAAUGUGGGAAGGCAUUUAUCCAGAAGACAACCCUCACCGUACAUCAGAGAACUCACACAGGAGAGAAACCCUAUAUUUGUAAUGAAUGUGGGAAGUCCUUCUGCCAAAAGACAACCCUCACUCUCCAUCAAAGAAUUCACACAGGGGAAAAACCUUAUAUUUGUAAUGAAUGUGGGAAGUCCUUCCGCCAGAAGGCAAUCCUCACUGUUCAUCAGAGAAUACAUACAGGAGAAAAAUCCAAUGGAUGUUCUCAGUGUGGGAAAGCCUUUAGUAGGAAAUCAAACCUCAUUCGCCAUCAGAAAACUCACACAGGAGAGAAACCAUAUGAAUGCAAAAACUGUGGGAAGUUCUUCAGUUGUAAGUCAAACCUCAUUGUCCAUCAGAAAAUUCACAAGGUAGAAACCAUGGGAAUUCAGUAAAGGAUGUGACUUUUUUUGUAAAAACUUUUAAAGUCAUAGUAAACCCUGUACAUGAUGUUGCUUGCAAGUCUAAUAGUAUUCAACAGUUUAAGGUACUAUACCACAUAUUUACCUACUGUUUGCUAGCCUAUAAAACACACACGAAAAUUUACUAGACAGAUGAAAUGACAAAAGUCAUUGAAAAUACAAGCCCCAAUUUUGUAUUAGAUUCAGCAGACAUAAACUUCCUCUGUCAAGUUGCUACAAACAUUUAAAAUUGCUUAUUUUCAUUUUCAAUGCCUACCUUCUUGUGAACCAGUAAUAAACAGUUGGCUGACUGGCAUUAGUCCAGGGACCACACUGUGAGAAGUGCUUUAAAAGAAAGGAGGUGUGAACUGUAUUUCUUAUUGCAAAUAUGGAAUAAAAAUUAGUUGUUACCUCCUCAAAGUUAACCACAGGUCUGACUUCUAACAUUAUAAAUUAGUUUUUGCAUAUUAUAAACCUUUAUAUAAAUUGGAUUAUACAUCAUAUAUUCUUUCAUAUAUGGCUUGUUUCAUUCAUAAUUAUGUCUCCAAAACUCAUCAUUAGUGCAUGUGGCGGAAGUUAAUUUAUUUUCAUUCUGUAUAGAAUUCCGUUAUAUGAUUAUAUCACAAUUUAUCCAAUUUACUAUUAAUGGACUUUUUCAUUGUUUACAGCUUAGGGUCAUAAUAAAUAAUGCUUCUGUGAACAUA